AACCUUUUGAAAGUGUCCUGAUCUUCAUUACUUACCUACAUUUCCCUUUUUCCUGUGGCACACCAUUAUUACUGGUUUUUUUUGGUGGCAGAUGCCAGAGAUGCUUGCCUUUUCGCUGUCAUGUUCAUAAUUGCUUUGUGUCACUAGGUAACGUAUCGUCUUAAAGCUGCGACGAGACAUAGCGGGCUCUUGUCAACGCGAAAAUCAUGAUGGAUGGUCUAGCCGGUAAUCAAUCGGCCUCAGAGGUCCCGGCCAGGCCACUAGCUUCAUCAUGGCAUCCCGCAUGGCGACCAGACUCGGACCGGGAUAUCCAAGCACCCAGCCAACCUAAUAAUCUUACCGUGUCCACACCGGCGCAGAAUUCUCCACAUCUUUCCAUCGAUGAUUCUUCCAUACCACGAAAUAUCAGCUCCGUCUCCCUUCAACCGCAUUCUUUUCAUGUGGAGGAUGUGGAAGAUAGCAGCGCAAGGCAUGAACCAAAAGUCCCCACUUUGCAACGCUUGUCUCGGCCAGAGGUCCCAGCACUUGAAGAUCCAGUACAACCAGAUGCCCAAACGCUUGGACAGAGCCACGGGGACUUUGUUGUGCCAGAGCGGGAACAGUUCCCCUCGGUCGAGCCCGAUAUAGCGGGACCAAUUCAGGCGGCCAACGGCAAAAGCGAAGCGUGCACCCAAGCGGUUGACCCCCAACCGACUCGCAUAGAAGAGGCCACGGCUGGAACUUCACAUCGAGACAGCCACGCUAGCUCGAAUUCAUUUGCCCGCACGGUCUCGCACGAAGUGAUAGUGGGGGAUGACGAUGAGUUUAGCCCGCAGAGCUGGGAACUUCCCCGGCAAGAUACGGAUGUCUUUAAGCACCUCGAUGCACCAGAUCGGUCAAAUUCUUUCCCUGAAGUCUUGCCUCUCAGGGACACCACGCCAACCUCUGACAUAACUUACUCGCAGCCUGAUGUCGGCAAUGUAGCGAGAAACGGCGAGCUUCCGGAAUCCUCAAGCAAGCCGGACAUUGGUUUCGACGAGAUUUUGGGCCCUACGGAUACUGCAGAUGCAAAGGAAGGGCUGCAGGAUGGCACUACAUUUGACACCACAGUCGAUCAGUCCUGGAUCCACCAAGCGCCGACAGAUCAUCAAAAUGAGCCUAAUCUGGCGGAGGGCUGGGGCCCUGGAAGCCCAGCAGAGGUAACUGAUCAAUCCUGGAUCCGCCAUGCGCCGACUGAGAACCAAAAUGAGCUUAACUUAGCGGGUGGAUGGGACCCUGAAAGCUCAAAAGAAGUAACCGAUCAGGCCUGGAUUCAUCAAGCGCCAGUAGACCAUCAAAAUGAGCUUAAUCUGGCAGAGGGGUGGGCUCCCGAAAGCUCAGUAGAAAACGACUGGAAGGAGCAGAAUUCUUUUGAUGGGUUUGACAAGACCCACGGAACAGAGAUUUCAGAGCUAUCAGAUGCGGGUGUACGCUUCGAAGAGGGCGUGCCGCUGAUACCAUCGGACACUACACUGGAGCAACCGCCUGAGGAAGAAAAGCAGCAGGAAGAGCCAGACUUUUUUGCAGGCACUACUGAUGACGCAGAUGACUUUUUCAAAUCAACAAUGGAGAAUCCUAAAACAGAAGACGACUUCACGCCUUCGAACCUUCAACGAAAGUCGACUUCUCAAGUCCUAGGCUCACUUCAAUAUCCUGCACAUAGUGACACUCAUCCAGAGGACCGGGCUACCGAUUCUCAUGGCCGAUCUUCAGCUUCAGCGACCUUUGCAGGAUCAAUCAAUGCUCAAAUCCAACCUCCUUCGACGGAAUCGAGAGAUGCUGGUAGCGGUUCUCUUUCCGUAACAGCAGAUGAGACAGGGAACACGUCAAAGUCCAAGGAAGAAGCGCUGACUGAAAUGUGGGCUGCUGCUCUCGAUGAAGAUGAGUUGUUGGAGGAUAACGUGCCCGAUGAAGGCGAAAAAACAAUUGAUCCGGCGGCCUUCUUUCAGGAUGACGGCGAGGGCUUUUUAGAUGAGGAGCCUUUACUGAACGUGCCGCAACCUUACCCUAAUGACUCUCAAGCUGCCCCGGAAAAUGUGCUUCCGGGCCUGGCUCAAGUACACCCUUCGAGCUCGGAACAGGUAAGCAACCGAUAUACUCCCGCCACUGCCUCGCCUCAAUCUACAAUGGCCGGAAAUAUCCCUGGCGCCGCUUCACGAGCUCCGAGUUUGGCCUGGACUGAGGGCUUUGCACCGGCUCCUUCCACUACGUCUCCUGCUUUCAUGGGCGAUCAAGACCCUAGACCUGCCAUGCCCUCGAAAGCGCAAAGCUUUGCGGAUAAAUCAAAGGGCGGUUACUCCUCGCCUUACGAUCUUCCGGGAGACGUUCUUCGUCCGAAGAAACGAGCUGCCGCUCAUCAGGUCGUGACGGCCCCGGGAACUCAACCAACGCCACCACCUCCUAGGAGCAGUAGUAUGCACCCCUUUGGUAUCGGAGGCCCGACGCAAACCCCCCCUCCCCCAAAUCGUGCUGUUUCAAGUUUCGUUCCUCCGGCCAACUUUUCCUCAGUUCCCCACGGUCAAUCCAAGCAGGCGCAACUGGAGACGAUGACCGAAGGUCGGCCUACUUUAAAACCAAAGCCCAGCACAAGCAGCUUCUUCGAGGAAAUACCCAUUGUACCACGCUCGAGACCCACCCCAAAUGCUGGAAGGAUUACUCCGCAGGCACCAUCGGUGACUCCACCUUUAUCUGCAGGGUUCGUAGCACCCCCUGUACCGAGUCCCCCACCAGUGCAACAAGAACAACAACAACAACAACAACAACAACAACCACCCGUCUCUCAGGCAAGCACUUCUGGCGAUUUUGGCCUUCGUCCAGCUGAACGAGUUAAUCCGUAUGCAGCAAUUGCGUCCUCGCCACCUCUUGCAUCCUCGCCUCCCUCUGCUCCGAUCACUUCUAGGUAUUCUCCGGCUCCACCCGGGACCAGUGGAGUUCUCAAAGCUCAGCCCAAAUAUGCACAGCCGCCGCCACCACCGGCGCAUCAUGUACUCCCGUUCCAGCCUCGCACAUCUAGCCCUCUUGCCUCACAUGAGCGUCCACAAUCACAGCGUCCGGCACCCCAGCAGCCUACGCAGCAGCAGCAUCAUCAUCAUCCGGCCGUUCCCGUGUCUCCUUACGCAAAUAGAAGCUUCUCUGAGUCAAUGCAAUCUCGCGAAACAGGACAGAAUAUUGGAGGUCUGGAUAAAAAGAGAGCGUCGUUUGAUCGGGGGCCUCCUCCGUUGCGGUCCGUUUCGCAUGCACUACCGCCAACCUCAAGCCGCUAUGCGCCGCAGUUGCCUACAAUAGGCCAAGCACAAGCUGCUGCAUCUAAAGUUCCUGUCUCAGACCCGCACUCGUUCCAAUCAACAGAUGCGCCAAUGUCUGCUCCUCUUCGAUCCCAAACUCAGUCUCCCGGUGCCACUCCUUUCGGUCCUAAGAUGCCUAUAGCGCCAAUUGAAACUCAACCGAGACCAGCUUCUGUCAAUGGUCCUACAUCUCCGACUCUCUUGAAGAACCUCAGUUCUCCGAUUUCACAUCACGGAAGGUCAUUUUCAGAGACUGUAAACUAUGUCUUCCCGACUGAUGGUCGCGAAACCGACCCUCUUCAGCGAUGGAAAGGAUGCCCUAUCUUUAACUGGGGUUUCGGCGGAACUAUAGUGACCUCCUUCCCCAAGCACGUUCCGAGGUACGCCACGGGCCACGUGAAACCUAUGAUUAAAUGCGCACCAGGUGAAGUUACUGUCCGCAGUGCGAAGGAUAUAUGUCCGUUGCCGGAAAGAUUCGUCAAGUUUCCGGGGCCGCUCAAGGGCAAGUCUAAGAAGAAAGACGUCGCGUCCUGGCUAACAGACGUGAUUAAAAGUUUUGAGGAGGACGGAGCGACAGAUCCAGUUCUAAGCUCUUCCUUGCAAUAUCAAGAGAAAGUCUUGUUGUGGAAAGUUCUACGGUCUUUCAUCGAGAAUGAUGGAUUACUCGAAGGCAACCCUGCUAUCGAAAGUGCCGUCAGAAAACUUUUGCUCGUCGAUGACGAAACGGAUGCGAGUGAAAAUUCCGACGAGCCGAUCGGCGCAAAUAUUUCUGACAUGGCAACCACCGCUGAUUCUGCCGCUCGAACUGAACCUGUUGAUCCGCAGGCUGUCGAUAAAAUACGCAAAUUCCUCCUCAAAGGUAAGCGUGAGGAUGCUAUAUGGCACGCAGUUGACAAACGACUUUGGGCGCACGCGUUGUUGAUUGCAUCAACUCUCAGCAAGGAUAUCUGGAAGCAGGUCGUACAAGAGUUUGUGCGGCAAGAAGUCAAGAAUCUCAGCGACCACACAGAGCCUUUGGCCUCGCUCUACGAUGUUUUCGCUGGCAAUUGGGAGGAAAGUAUUGAUGAGCUCGUUCCUCCAUCCGCACGAGCUGGUUUUCAGAUGGUCCGCACAGAUACUGCGGGCGCGCCGACUAAGAAUGCCUUGGAAGGCUUGAACAAAUGGCGGGAGAGCGCUUCGCUGAUCCUCAGCAAUCGAAACCCAGGCGAUGAGCAGGCGCUACUUGCACUGGCAAGGUUACUAUCUUCGUACAACCGGACCUAUGCUGCUCAUACCUGCUACAUGUUUGCGAGGAAUAUUGCACCGUUCGGCGGUGUGGAGGAUCCGCAUACGUGUAUCUCACUUCUUUCAGCAGAUCAUCGGGUGCAGCCGUUUGAUUUUGCUCGGGACUUAGACUCAAUUCUUCUCAGUGAGGUCUACGAGUAUGGGCUGUCUCUCUCAGGAUCAUCUGUUUUAACAACGGCUCCCCAUCUCCAAUCCUACAAGUUAUACCAUGCUGGUCUUUUGGCAGAGGCUGGCUAUCGGACAGAGGCCCAAAGUUACUGUGACGCGAUUGCUGCUGCGGUAAAGGCGACGACGAAGCUCUCUCCUUACUUCCACCCACCUUUCCUCUCGGCUCUUGAUGACCUCUCGAAGAGACUCAGCCGGAGCCCCAAGGACUCUAGCUCGUCUUGGAUUUCCAAACCAAGUAUGGAGAAGGUGUCAGGAUCUGUCUGGGCCAGCUUUAACCGGUUUGUUGCUGGUGAUGAGGAUGAUGAGACCUCAGCUAAAGGAGGCCAAGGAGGCGGUGCUGAUGUUGGACCAUUUGCCCGUAUUGCUGGGGAUACACCUAACGUGAGCCCAUCAGCCUCCAACAUCAAUCUAAGCGCUGCAUACCCUGCAGCAUCUCAGGCACAAUCCAAAUAUAGUCCAGCUGGUCCAUAUGCGCCGCAGAUGGCACCUCCUCAGGCUCGGCCGUUACCUGAGCAGCCAAUGGGACUGCCUUACCAACCCAUUCGAGCGGCAUCGGAGAUCACUGCUGGGCCAUAUGGUGCGGAAAGAGGUGGCGGGUAUGUGCCGCAACCCUUAUUACAGAAUGACAGCUUGCCUCGAGCACCAAGCAGUCAUUAUCAACCCGCCAAUCUUUCUCCGGAAACAACCAGUGUUUUACAGACAACAUCCUCUCCCGUGUCCCAGUCGCAAACUUCUUACAUUCCAAUUGCACCUGUGGAGCCGGCACCCUUGACUUCAUCACCCCACCCUGACGCCUAUGAGCCAAAAUUGCAUUCGGAAUUGCAUUCGGACUAUUCGGCACCUUCAAUAUCCUAUGAACCUAGUGUACCAAAGACGAGCUACGAGCCGGUUGAGCUGACAUUCGGAGACGUCGACGGGAACGUGCGUCGGGACGAGAAAGAUCGGGCAGCAUCUUCUUCGUACCUACCUCCAACAGAGAGCAUGUUUGAUGAGCCACUUGGCGUCUCUCAUGACGGUGGCUAUGGUGCGCCAAUGACUAGCUCCUAUGAACCACCAGCAAGCUUCAGCAGCUAUGAACCGCCGACGAGUAACAGCUAUGAGCCACCAACAGGUGAUGCGGCUGCUUCCUUUGAAGACGAAAUACCUAAGGAGGAACCUGCUGAGGAAAAGCUGCCGAAGAAGAAGUCAAUCAUGGAUGAUGAUGAUGACGAUGCCGAGUUUACAGCCAGGGCAGCUGCAAUUCUCAAAAGUGGUAAGACGGCGCGGGACAAGGAAAAUGAGGAGGCGUUCCGCAAAGCCGCGGAAGCUGAUGCUAAACGGGAUUCAAAGCCCCAAGAAAAGAAGGGUUGGUUUGGCUCUUGGUUCUCAAAGGGCGGCUCGAGCAACGAGAGCGGUGGUCCCAUUAAGGCCAAGCUUGGUGAAGAGAGCUCCUUCUAUUAUGAUCCAGAUCUGAAAAAGUGGGUCAACAAGAAGGCUGGCGCUCCAUCUCCUACCCCAUCUGCAACUCCUCCACCGCCCAGAGCCGGACCGCCUUCUCGUGCGGCCAGUGCCAACCAAGCUACUCCUCCGCCACCAUCGCUAUCAGCACCGCCGAGGCCGCCCCUUCCCGGUUCUACACAAAGCUUACCAAUGCCCACGCUUGGACCGCCUUCAUCACUUCCUAACUCUCGACCUCCUUCUCGCUCGCCCUCAAGUAGCGUCGGUCCCCUUGGGGCGGCAUCAGAGACGCCUCCUCUUGCUCCUCCGCUCUCGUCUACCGGUACGCCGGCACCACCAUCCGGACCUCCCUCCCGGCCAACAACGUCAAUGAGCAAUGCUAGUUCGAUUGAUGAUCUACUAGGCGUGCCAGCACCUCGCAAGGGCGGUACAAUGAGAAAGCCCAAAAAGGGUGGACGCUACAUUGAUGUCAUGGCCAAAUAAGCUUCUAUCCUUCAACAUCAGUCGACCGUAAAACUCAUCCUCGGACGUUUUAGUCUUCAUUUUCGCAUUCGAUUUGCUCUUACUUUUCUUAUUUCAUUUCAUUUUAUUCUCUUUUUUUCUUUUCUUAAUCAUCUUUUAAUUGUUAGCGGACGACCUGGACAGGACAGAAAGUUUGUCUUUUUGUCUCCAUGUGCCAAUGUUUAUACGUCAUAACGUGACAGGGCAAGGGUUUUUUUGAAUGGCCGAUGUGAGGGUUCCUACAUCUGGCUAUUUAGGUAUAUAUUGGUGAAUUAUAUACGAGUGGG